AGGAAAAUUGAUUUGAAAAUAUAUGGCAUCUUUGAAUGUUGGUAAAUCUGACAUGACAAUUGACAGUCAAAUUUUUGAGAAUCAUUUUCGAACUAGUAUCUUAAUAUAAAGAAUUAAUACAAAGUGCUUAAAAAUGCCGACUCAGGAUGUGUCUAUUAGUAAAGUUGUGGUUCAUCCACUCGUUUUAUUAAGUGUGGUUGAUCAUUUUAAUCGUAUGGGCAAAAUAGGAAACCAGAAACGGGUUGUCGGUGUAUUAUUGGGUUGUUGGCGUGCGAAAGGUGUUCUGGAUGUAUCGAAUAGUUUUGCAGUACCCUUUGAUGAAGAUGAAAAAGAUAGAUCAGUCUGGUUUCUGGAUCAUGACUAUUUAGAAAAUAUGUAUGGAAUGUUUAAGAAAGUAAAUGCCAGGGAGCGUGUUGUUGGGUGGUAUCACACUGGCCCUAAACUUCAUCAAAAUGAUGUUGCUAUUAAUGAGCUGAUCCGUCGUUAUUGCUCUAAUUCUGUUCUCGUUAUUAUCGAUGCUAAACCUAAAGAUCUAGGUUUACCUACUGAAGCAUAUCAAGCUGUGGAAGAAGUUCAUGAUGAUGGAUCUCCCACAUCAAAAACUUUUGAACAUGUUCCAAGUGAAAUAGGUGCUGAAGAAGCUGAAGAAGUUGGUGUGGAACAUUUGUUAAGGGAUAUUAAAGACACCACUUUUGGAAGUUUAUCACAGAGGAUAACAAAUCAAUUAUUAGGAUUGAAAGGCCUUCACUCUCAGAUUAGAGAAAUUAGGGAUUAUCUAGUUCAAGUUGGGGAUGGUAAAUUACCUGUAAAUCAUCAAAUAGUUUACCAGCUUCAAGAUAUUUUUAAUUUGCUUCCUGAUAUUAGCCAAGACCAUUUCGUUGAUUCAUUGUAUGUAAAGACCAAUGAUCAAAUGCUGGUGGUAUAUUUAGCUGCUUUGGUGAGAUCUAUUAUUGCACUUCAUAAUUUAAUCAACAAUAAACUUACCAACCGAGAUGCUGAAGAAGGCAAAAAAGAGGAAUUGAAAGAAAAGAAAGAAACAAAGGAAGAUAAGGAUAAGAAACAAGAAGUUAAGGUUGGCAAAGAUGAUAAGAAAAAGUGAUUUGAUAAGUAAAACAUGCCUUUUGUAUUUCCUUCAUAAUCUGUAAACUUUAUUUAAAAAAUUCAGAUUUUCAUUCUUUGGUAACAUAUAAACUAUUA